AUGUGGCAAGGCGUGCUUCGGAGCCACGACCUGAAAUUCGGAGACAUCGUUUGGGCGAAGUCCUUCACAGAAGGCAUUAACGCAGCACCGGCCGUGGGGCCCAUGGGACCCCAGAACCGCACCACCGUCAUCGUUGGGGUCGGCAACAACCCGGAGUGCCUGCCGGAGCCGGUCAUCGGCACGACGAAGCGGGCCAAGCUCUACGCCUUAGACGCCGAGACAGGCAACACUCUGUGGAGCUUCACUGCUCCGGAGUAUUCGCUCUCCUGCGCAGGCAACACUCCAGCGGAAAUCUGCUGCCCGAGUAUGUGGAGCCAGCCGACCCUUGCUGCA